AUGCUGCACAAAACGAGCAUGCAAACAGCUUCUUCCCAGCAGAUCGUGUUCCCUCUUGUCUCCAGUUGCUGGAAAGGAUUUGGGAAUCAAGAACUCAGUUCAUCCUGCCCCCACACUGAGUUCUGUCCUGGACAAUCAGAAGCAAGUAGUGACCACAGUACAGAACUCUACCAAAGUAGGCCAGUGAGAGUGUCCAGGCUCCAGGGAACAAAAGCCACUGAGCGCUUCAGACUUUCCUACAACUUGGCAGAACCUGGGUCUGCCUUCUCCAUGGGAGAGUCUGAGAUAGCUGUGGCGUCACCUAACACUUCCCAAGCCCUGUCAAGUAAUGUUGGCCAAGUGUAUAGUGAUCCAAGCCCAUGUUAG